AUGAUCUUGAAAAUAUUUUGUGUGCAUCUAAAUAAAUUUUACUUGAAUUUUUAUGUUCAAGCUCCAUUACCGAUGGAGGAUAUUGAAAAAAUGGCGGAGGCCUGCAUGAAAGACAUUGAUGAUGAUGAAGAUGAUAGUCUCGAGGAUGAUGAAGACCUCUUGGCUGAGCUGCAGGAAGUGGUUGAUGAGGAGGAAACCGAAGAUUCAGGUGCCACAACCCCCGCCUCCCCCAUUAGUGCGGAAACCUCUUCAGCAGAAUUGACGGCAGCCAGCCAUAAGUAUGACAUUCUACAGAGCUGUUUUUGUAAAGGGUACAUUGUGGUUUCCUCUGCUCCUAAAGCACACUCACCAGCCGGACAGCCCACUAAAGACAUUCUGUUGGAGCGACAGAAGGAGUACAGGAUGGCAGCUCUCAAGGCCAAACAAGCAGGAGAUAUUGACCAAGCCAAAAUGCAUAUAAAGGCCAGCAAGGGAUUCGAUGCAGCAGUUGAGGCUUUGGAGAAAGGCCAGCCGGUGGACAUGAGCUCCAUUCCUCCCCCUCUGUCUCAAGCCUCUACAGUUACUCACCCUGCACCUCAAAAAGCCAUUACCUCACCUUCAGCUCCUGCAGACAGCGGUUCUGGUCCAGCUCAGCCCCAGACUGUUCUUGAAGCUCUGGAACAGAGGAUGGCCAAGUACAAAGAGGCCUUCACACAAGCUAAGGCCAGCGGGGAUGAGCGCAAAGCCCGCAUGCAUGACCGCAUUGCUAAACAAUACCAGGCUGCCAUCCGUGCCCAUAAAGCAGACCGACCUAUCAAUUUUGAUGAACUUCCAGCCCCUCCAGCUCAGCAGCAGCUGGAGUUUCUUGAAGGCCGCAAAAAGCAGUACAUGAAAGCAGCGCUGCAGGCAAAGCAAAAGAAUGACCUAGAGCAUGCCAAGACCCUCCUGCGUGCAGCAAAAAGUUUGGACCCCAUGAUAGAAGCCGCCCGCAGUGGCAAGACAGUGGAUGUAAGCAAGGUGCCUUCACCGCCUGGAGAUGAGGAUAAGGACUUCAUCCUAGUCCAUCACAGUGAUGUUCAGAUCUCAGAGAAGGCUGAAGAGGUCUACACUCAACUCACAAAACUACUCAAAGAGCAAUAUGAGAAAUGUGUGACAUACUCCAAGCAGUUCACGCACAUGGGGAAUGUUGCAGAAACAACCAAAUUUGAGAACAUGGCAGAACAAUGUAAGAAGAGCCUGGAGAUUCUUAAGCUGGCACAGAACAGGGGGCUUCAGCCUCCUAAACAUUACUUUGAGGAGAGAACAUAUCGCACUGUCAGGAUUUUCCCAGAGCUCAGUAGCACAGACAUGGUUGUGUUCAUUGUUAGAGGGAUGAACCUUCCUGCUCCUUCUGGUGUUGCAACAAAUGACUUGGAUGCCUAUGUCAAGUUUGAUUUCCCAUACCCCAGUACAGAUCAACCUCAGAAGCAUAAAACAUCAGUCAUCAAAAAUACCAACAACCCAGGAUAUAACCAGAGCUUCAAACUGAACAUCAACCGGAACCACCGUGGCUUCAGGAGAGUUAUACAGUCUAAAGGCCUGAAGCUGGAAGUGCUGCACAAAGGUGGCUUCCUUAGAAGCGACAAGCCGAUAGGAACAGCCCUGCUCAAACUGGAGAAACUGGAAACUGAAAGCGAAGUGAGAGAGAUAGUGGAGCUCAUGGAUGGGCGGAAGGCCACAGGUGGUCGUCUGGAGGUGAGGGUGCGUCUCCGAGAGCCGCUGGGUGGGCAGGACCACCAGACUGUCACAGAACGAUGGCUAGUGUUAGAGGAGCCACAGGUACUGCUGUAACGGAUGCCGUGAUUUCAUCUUCACAAAGUCUUGAGGUCUUAUGAGAGCAGAUGAAGGUAUGGACGGUGAAAGCUCAACAGUGCUGCUAGCCUCGGGUACGAACCACGUGAAGGAGAUCGUGAGGAACUUACUCAACAAGCUCUCUGUGCUUUGAGCCGUUCACAGAGAGACAUAGUCACUGACAGAGGGAGUUAGCUUGGUCUUUAUCAGGGUUAAACAGGUUGGACCAGGAUGUAAGAGUUGGGGUGGUUAGUAAAAAUACAGGAGAUAUUAAUAAGAGGAGCAGGUAAAUGUGCACAGACUUGCGUGACAUUGAAAUGCCUUUUGAAAUAGAUUGCCUCUUGAUUUUAUAAUAACGCUCACCCCAACCGUUACAUUAAAGGGGUCAUAUGAUGCGAUUUCAAGUUUUCCUUUCUCUU